AGCUGACAGUCUCGCCUCCUCUCUUGUCCGCAGAUGGGUGUCGAGCGGACAGAGUUGUUCGGUGCGGAGCCCUACGAGUGCGGGCUGAGCGAGGAGCUGCGCCGGGCGGCGCGCACCGAGCUCCGGGAGGACGAGGGCACCCGGACGCACGCGCUGCAGCAGAUGCGGGACUGGAUCGCCAAGCACCCGCACAUCAGAAAGUGCCGCACGGAUUCCCUGUUCCUGUUACGGUUCUUGCGCACCAAGAAGUUCUCCGUCCCCAUGGCGCAGGAGAUGCUGGAGCGGUACCUCGCCAUCCGUCAGCUGUACCCGCACUGGUUCAAGAACCUCGACGUCACGGACCCCAAGAUCAGCGACAUCCUGGACGCCGGCUACCUCAUCCCGCUGCCCGAGCGGGACGAGUUCGGCCGGCGGGUGCUCUUCUCGUGCGCCGGCCGCUUUGACCCGUACAAGUUCUCGUCGGCGGACAUGGCGCGCACGCACUCGCUCGUCGUCGAGGCCAUCAUGGACGACGAGCAGAACCAGGUGUGCGGCUACUCGUACGUCAACGACGAGGCGGGGCUGACGACCGGCCACGUGUCGCUGUGGUCGCUGUCCGACAUCCGCAAGAUGAUCCGCUGCCUGCAGGACUCGACGCCCAUGCGGCACAAGGCGACGCACUUCCUGAACGUGCCGAGCCUGGCCAACAAGCUGUUCGAGUUCUUCACCAUGCUGCUCAACGACAAGCUGCGCAAUAGGAUCAUGCUGCACACGAGCGUCAAGGACCUGCACGAAAACAUCAACCCCAAGAUCCUCCCGAAGGAGUAUGGCGGCACCGUCCCUAUGGCAGAAAUGAUUGCCGACUUCAAGAAAGAGCUGGUGGCGAAGCGCCCGGCACUGCAGGCGCUGGACGACAUGGAGAUCGAGCUGCACCCCAAGGCGCGCUACGUGAGCGACAUGCAGGAGGAGCUGGCGGGAUUGUCGGGCUCCUUCCGGAAGCUGGAGGUGGACUAGCCCUUUACC